UAGGGGCGACGACAUGACAACAAUAUGGCGGCUUCCGCCUAAUGAAAAAAGUGUAUGGCACCUUUUUGUAAAUGAUAACACCAUCGAAACAAACAUAACACGAUGGCAACUUAUAUGCCACCAAUAGCGCGAAAGAAGAGAGUUCCCGAAAAGUACAAUCCCGACUCAUUUAGGGUUGUGAGCCUUGAUGCUGAAAAUGUCCAUCCAAAGUUUCAAGAUGCAGUCAUAAAACCUGUUUAUGCGUCUGAUCCAAGGCCAGCCAGAAAAUUACUUCCAGACAUAACCAUCAGAGAGACAAGAGUUCUACCCUACACAACUCCAGAUUUCCGGGCUCAUAAUCCCCAACCUAUGAGCUGUGGCUUUUUGCGACAUGAUGCGAGACUGCUGAAUGAACCUGUAUGCACAGUAUUUACAAGGAGCACCUACCCAGACCAACAUAACUGGUGGCCAUCUCGGACAAGCUCUGACCCUCUCAACAUACCUGAAUACACACGUGACACAACACAAAGAGCUGAUUUUCAGUUCUCAAAGGAAUCAGCUUCGUUUGGCUCCACUCGACACCUUGCUAAUCCAAAUAAGGAGCCUGCUUUAGGAACAGUUCCCGUGAACUUCCUGCGCUCUCGAUCUGGUGACCAGAGAUUGUACAAGGAAGGUAUUUCCUUUGAGCAUCAGUAUGACAGUCGGGCAGAUCCAAACUAUCCGAUCAGGUCCAAGCGCCAUGGUGCAUUUGUAUGGGAUCAAAUGCGUCCUGACAAAGCUCAGCUGUUGAUAGACUACCAUAAAAGUGUUGAAGCAAAGCGUGAUGCAGAAGCACAAGAAGCCUUAGCUCCAACACCACCACCUGGUUCAUGCUUGCCACAGCCCCAGUCCGAGAUGAUGUAUCCUCCUGCAGGAAUGUCUCCCCCAGUACCAGCCUGUCUUGAAACACCCACAAACAUCCCACAACCCCCUGCAGGCCCCAUAUCACCUCCUCUGUGGACACUUCCUGUGGGUCAAAGUUCAUUUCCUCCACCUCAGACAUCUCCUCAGAAUGAGGUACCUGCCAUGGAGAAUGAAUAUGCUGAGCCAGAACAGGAGCAGUAUUUUGUGCAAGAUGUAGGCACCUCCACCGCUCAUGAUGGAAUGCAGUAGUAUUCUCUCUGAAUAUAACAUACUUUUGUACUUUCACUGAACUGCUGUGCUAGAAAAUGCACAUCCCUGCAGUUAUGUCCGUUACAGCAUUACAAUGUCAUGUGAUCUUUCAAUAAAUUACCAGUAUUCACUUAAGUGGACCUUAGAAAGCCAAAGUUAUUCAUUCUGGUGGAAUGAAAUAGUACUGUCAUGUAUUAUUGUUAUCAUUGUUAUAUUAGAAUGAUUUCUUCCAACAAAGCUCAAAGUGUCUGUAUUAUUAUCCUUCUCGUAUCAAACAGUGAACCCUUUGCUCAAUAUGCCCAAGAGAUGUUGUAUAUUUUUAGUGCCUUUUUUCACAUAUUUAAGGAAAUUAUUUUUAUAUUUCUUGGAUCACAGACUUUUUGUGUGUGUUAAAAUCAGAAGUUGGAGAAGGUAUAAAAGUAAUUACAAAAAGCUAAAUACAGUCUAUGAAAUAAGCCAAAACCCAGCCAGACAUCAGGACUGGUAACUUCAAAAUGUUACCAGGUCAAAAUGGACCAGACCAGACAAUCCAAAGAAAAAACUCAAUUCUUAGUUAGUUAGUGCUUUGAGCUUGCGAUACGAUAGUUCAACGUCAAACAGUAAUUGUCAAGUGUAAAUGUAACGCUCGAUUUGAAGAAUAGAUUUCAAGAUAUGUUGCAUUUACUCAGAUGUAUGGAAGUGUUAUCCAAAAUUUCUACCAGACCAGCGGGCUGGCUAGCUGUAAAUUUAGGCUGUCCAUCAGAAAUCUAGCCCGUCUCGGGCGGUCGGAUGGGCCUUAUUUCAUACACUGCUAAAUAUCAUGUCAUGUUGAUUAGUUCUUGCACCAAUGCUAAGAUCAACCAUCUUUAGAUGUUUGGCUGGUAUCUCCAAUGUUUUUGUCAUUUUUUCUUAGCAGACAAAGGGAGGUAAUUUCAGCUACAUGUAUCAGAGACAAGAGACUCAGCUCCAGAUUUAUUAUGCAAGGAAUUCCACUUAUGACACACUGACUCAACAAUUUGUCAGAAAGUUAAUGUCAAAUUGAGCAUCAUACGUUUUAAAGAUGAUUUUUCUAAAUACUGAGAAAUCUCAAAAUAAUGUGUUUAUGACAUGUCAGAAGAAAAAUGUAAACGUAAAUUUGGAUUAGAUUAUAUUUCCAAUUGGGAGAGCCUUAAUAGGAUAUCUGUGAUCCAGCAAAUAGAAAAAUACUAGUAAUGGCCCAAGCAGAUGAAGUUUAUUCAAUAAAAAAAGACAUAUUAUUUACCUCUAAAUUACCCAAUAUAAAAAUGAUAUGUUGUGAUGUAUAUAUUCGUUAUCCUAACCACAAGGUCAAAUAUACAAUGUACAUGAUACUAUUGAUUACUUAACUUUUAAUAGGGAUACGAAAACAUGUAAAUCUUGUGUACAUAACAUCCAUGAAAUAAGUUUGAUGUAUCCUGGAGAGAUGACAAUAUCCCUUUCAAAAGAUGUCAGUAGUAUUUUUACUAUAGAGAUGUAUAUAUGACUGCAAUAUAUUGCAAUAUUCGGAGUUUACAAUUUUAAAAUUUAUGGAUUAUUAGGUGUUGGAUAACGUUCAACCAAACAUUUUCCAAGCCCUACAUUACUCUGGGAGUACUUUUAUCAGUUAAAUGGUAUCAUCUGAUGGUUUUGUUAUCAAUUGUUUUAUACGAGUGUGUGUGUAUAAUAGUAUAUUUACAUUACAGAUUAGUAUAGACAUCUGUCUCAGGAUGACAGUUCUGUAGAUAUUUAUUAAACAAAGUAAUAUUCAUAUUUUCUAUCAGAUAAGAUUCAUGUCUAUUUGUAAAAUAUUUACAUCUAAUAGAUAUAUUUAUCAAAACAUGCCACACAAAACUGUUCUUCACACUGCACUGACCAUAUCAUAAUUACCUCAUAGAUAAGGUUUUUACGUUUUACUAAAAUGUGUUAAUUUGCUUGUGUCCAGAGCUUUAAAAUAAAAUCUCAUCUGAGCCAUGUUGUCAUGUAAGGGCAGAGAUGCCAACCCUAUUUUGGGCCUAAGUGUAAUACUAGAGGUCAAAAAGUGUAAUUUUGACCUAAAAAGUGUAAUAUUUGUUUGCCGAUCGCUUCAACAUGGUAAACGUUUUCACGAAAGGAAGAUUCUAGACAGAAACACAUGUGACCAAUCAUUAUGAGGCUCCAUACAUUGAAAAUUGUUGGUCAUGUGACUCAAAAUACUUUAAUUCCUUGCAAGUUCCUUGGAAUGAGUGCAUUGCUAAGAGUAACCAAUUCCUAUCGAUGCAAGGCCAUUUCUGCACCCCCGCACCUGUGCGUUACAAAACACUUCCCUGUGAAAUUUUACCCACUUUAUUGAUUUUCAUAAAACGAGUAGAAAAGUGUAAUGUUCGCCCAUUAAGUGUAAUGGCGUAAUUUACUGGUCAAAAUCGUAAUAAUUACGCCUAAAGUGUAAGGGUUGGCAUCUCUGCAAGGGUAUAGGUGUGUGAAGUCAUAUUUUUCAAUUUACUGAUUGUGUAUUAUGUCUGAAUGUUAUACGAUAUCCGACAUUAAUGAAGUCCAUCCCUGCAACAUCCUGGGUAACAGUACUAGUGCUGAUUGUUGUCUGUUUGACAUGUUGGUUGUCUGUUAUUGUUAAGGUAUCUGUUCCUACCAUACUUCCUCGAGUGUUGUGCUCACAUUUUUACGAGUGCACUAUACAUAAGUAAAUAGGGUAUUAAGUUAUUUUAUUGUGAACCUAAGAUUCACUGUAGCUUCAUGGUUGAUUUUUCGACAUGCAUACUGUCUUUAUCCAAGAUACU